AUGUAGCAACAUUGUACGUCCUUGCAUCUCUACACUUUUGACUGAGUGAUCUUUAUCCGAUUGAGUGGUCCAUCUUCUUCUUCUACACGCUCUUUGGUGGCACGUCUUCUGCUGUGACGCGGCUCCGUGGCUGGUUGACUGUCUGUCAGGGAAGACUCGCAUCUUCUCCUGCCUGGUAAAAUGUCUCCGUAGCAGAAAUAUAACCUACGGAAAAUGAACAAAACGAGGCGACAGCUACAGUAAACUGACGAGUCCCUGAAGCUGUUUUUUCUAUCAUGGAUGGUGCAGCUGAGCCUGUGUAAACCACAUUCACUCAGUCUUAUUUUCACACCGCUCUCAGACUGGAUGACUGGAGAUGAGACUAAGCAGCCAGAGACCACAUCAUGAGUAUCCAGAGCCUGGGAGGAGCUAUAGGGGAAUCCCUGGGCUCUAGCCUGACUGUGCGUAUGAGCGGAGCAGGUGGAGGCUGGAGCGCUCUAUCACUGAAGCCUGUUUCUUCAGGGAGGAUUGCCUCUCUAUUCCAGACCAUGGUGCCCACUGGAUACACCAAACUACAGGAGGAGCGGCUGUCCAUGGUGGACCUCGGAGCUAAACCUGAAACCAGCCCGCUCCAGAACGGCUACAGACAAGAGACAUCGCAUAUAGAAGGCCGGCGGCUCCUAGACCGGGCCUCUCGGUCAUCUCUAUCUCUAUCUGACUGUGGAGAUGGAGGCUACUCAGAGACAGAGCCCAUGCUGGCUGAGAGGAGGCUGUCAGGGGAGGAGGCAGAUGCAGAGGAAGAGGAGGAGGAAGGGGAGGCGGAAGGGCAGGGAACUCAUAUGCAGAAUAUGCCCAAAGAGUCACCACUCGCCAUGGCGCUGCAGAUCUUGUUGCCUUUCCUGCUAGCUGGAUUUGGAACCGUUUCAGCUGGAAUGGUGCUCGAUAUUGUGCAGCACUGGGAGGCGUUCCGCUACAUCACGGAGAUCUUCAUCCUGGUUCCUGCUCUGCUCGGCCUCAAGGGAAACCUGGAGAUGACGCUGGCUUCAAGGCUGUCAACAGCUGUGAAUGUGGGAAAGAUGGACUCUCCCAUAGAGAAGUGGAAUCUAAUUAUAGGCAACCUGGCGCUGAAGCAGGUUCAGGCCACUGUGGUGGGAUUCUUGGCUGCCGUAGCGGCCGUGGUUCUCGGUUGGAUCCCAGAGGGGAAGUUCCAGAUGAGCCACGCUGUGCUGCUCUGCUCCAGCAGUGUUGCUACGGCCUUCAUAGCCUCCCUGCUGCAGGGUAUCAUCAUGGUUGGUGUAAUUGUGGGUUCGAAGAAGACGGGCAUCAACCCAGACAAUGUAGCCACACCCAUCGCCGCCAGUUUCGGUGACCUCAUAACCUUGGCGAUCCUGGCCUGGAUAAGCCAGGGCCUCUACAAGUGCCUGGAUUCCUACCCUUACGUGUCGUCGCUGGUCUGUGCUUUCUUCAUGUGUCUGACUCCUCUGUGGAUCGUCAUCUCCUCCAAACACCCGGCCAGCCGCACCCUGCUGUACUCCGGAUGGGAGCCAGUCAUCACCGCCAUGGUCAUCAGCAGCAUCGGCGGGCUCAUCCUGGACAAAACGGUGUCUGACCCAAAUCUGGCUGGCAUCGUGGUCUACACCCCGGUUAUCAACGGAAUCGGGGGUAACUUGGUAGCUAUCCAGUCCAGCAGGAUCUCCACUCACCUGCAUUUCCACUGUGCUCCGGGAGAGGUCCCCGAAGAGGCCAAAGGCUGCUACUACCCAUGCCGCACAUUCUUUGGAACAGGGGCCAAUCAUCGCUCGGCUCAGGUGCUCUUCCUUUUGGUGAUCCCCGGUCACCUGAUCUUCCUUUACACCAUCCACCUGAUGAAGAGCGGACACACCACCCUGACGCCCAUCUUCAUGUCCGUCUACCUGGCUGCUGCUACGCUGCAGGUGUUGCUGCUGCUGUGCAUCGCUGACUGGAUGGUUCACUCCAUGUGGCGGAGCGGAAAAGACCCGGACAGUUUUUCCAUUCCUUACCUGACGGCUCUGGGCGACCUGUUGGGCACCGCCCUGCUGGCGCUCAGUUUCCACUUCCUGUGGGUCAUAGGAGACCAGGACAGCGACGUGGGCGACUGAGGCGACGUUAACACAGAAAGGCGUCUGCAGGCGGAGGGAACGUCGCUGCCCGCCAUCCGACUUCUCACGACCAGAAGCAUUGUGGGAAUGUUUGUGCUCUCUGUCGCUGGCCAGCACAUUCCUCUCCUUCAUUUCACUCAAACCACAGGAUGGUUUAAGAACUAUUUUCUGCUCCUGGCUUUUUUUCUACUCACAUAAUAACUCCAUAAAUUUAGACUGUUCUCAGCUCAGAUUCUGAUCUGCAUAGUUUGCACCAAAGCACUUGCAUAUUAUAACGCUGGUUCCUGUUGAGGGGAGGGGGGGGCGCCGAGGGAACCUCGCUGCUUUUUGCGAGCUGGUCUAAUCCGCGGUCGGAGGUCUUUUACUCAAAAUAAAAUAUCCUUGGCAGGCAGAUAUUUCUGGGAUUUACCACCCAGUGUAUCACCUGUCUGAUGUAUUUCUGCUCUCCGUCUGUGGAGGGAUGCGGAGGGAGUUAAAAAAAAAAAAAAAAGAAGAAAAAAAAAAGCAAAGCUCAACUCUUAAAAUCACAUUUUUAUCAGCUGUGUUUGCAGCUCUGUCAGAACCAGGAAAAAAAGGGAAUCACUUAUUUAGAUUAGUGGUACGAUAAUUUAACAUCCAAUUCUGUUUUAACUUGUUUUUAUUUGUGUCAGUGUUUUUAUCUCUCUGCGACGACAAGGCGGGAUCUUCAUCCUGACUGAAUUUAAACUUACAUGAGUGUCUAACUCGUUCUAGUGUCUGCUUUCCUUUAUAUGUACACACGUGUAUUAACUAACCAUGUUCAACCCAGACAUUUCAUGAAGUCCAGUCUCCUGAAUCAACACUUUGUUUUACUCUGAAGAGAGUCAAAUGUUUUUAUGCAAAUGUUCAGUGAAGUUGAGAGAAAAUUAAUUAAAUUGAGCGCAUUAAUGUCCAAUUAGGUAAAGUUCACAUUCACAGCCUGACGACCAGGUAUCAGGUUGUGGCCCAGGUGUAGCAAGCUGACCCUUCACUAAACCGAACGCUGUGCCGUCUUAGCUUAGCAUCCAAACUAGGACAGCAGGAUUGAAGAGUUGGAGUGGUAUGCAGGGAUGAGGAUGUCUUUCUGGAUGACAACUGGAAUGUCCGACUUCCGAGAUCAAAUUGAACGUGUCAUGACAUCAGCUGAAUUAGCAACAGUCGAUGCCGCAGUGAGCAAAAUGAACGUUGUCCAAUCCCAAUUUAAAGACGUAGCUGCAGGGCUUAGUGAAUGGUCAGUUCUUGCAUUGGAUCAACCAGAUGACACAUUUACUCGAUUAUGUAAGCUCAUAGCCAAUCACUUGUUCAGUUGUAGCCUCCUGAAGAUGCUAACAGCCCUUCUAUUGACACUCAUGCAAACUGACCCAUGUGAGUUUUAACCUGCGUUCCUCUCAUUCAUUCCCCUUCGUUUGUUUGUUUUCUUUGUCUGGUCUGUUGUCCUCGUUGGGGGGGAUGUUUGCACGUUAAUCACAUGCUGUUUACAGUUCAUGCAUGCGUAUUAUUUACAUGCUCGCACACAAUUAAUCAGGAGUUUUUUUUAUUUCCCCGUGGUCUGAUUUUCUGCUCAUAUCAGACUUAACGUCAUAAUCAGUGUACACCGAUUAAAUGACUCCACUUUAUUGAUCCACUUUAAGCAUCCUGGUUAAUAAAUGAAUCCCUCUGACUCCAGGGGAAAAUCAUCUCGCUUCAAAUUGAAAUCCUAAAAACUGAACCUCCUUCCUCAUGUGAUAAUCAGCAUCAUGUCGUGCAUGUGAACGCAGCCUGUGGCUCUCUAAAAACUCCACUAUGUGCCUCUUGAGAUUGUUAACAAGGUAUUCUUCUCUCUAAUGCCGUGAAUGCAAUUUUCUCUCCACAGCAUUUUAUGUAAAUCUGUGCAAUGAUUUCUUUUUGUACUCACUCUCGGUUGAAGAGUUUCAUUCCAGAAAGAGAUAUCCACUGUUUCAAUAAGGACAUGAAACUUGGUAUAAAUGUCAAAGUUGUCAGAAUGAGGAGGAUUCAAAGUGGAUACAUUUCCUUUUUGGUUUGAUUCCCUUUUAUUUGAUUUUUUUUUUUCCAGCUCCUAUGGGCCAAAAAAACGUCUCAAUAAAUGUCUUUUCUUUUAUUAA